GGGCGCUCGGGCGGCGGCGGCGGCGGCGGCGGCGGGCGACGCGGGGCCGGCAGCCCUCCGGCCGGCGGUGCCUCUCAGCGCGCGUCCUCCGCGGUCCGGCGGCCGAAUCCAUGCAGCCGCGCAGCGAGCGCCCGGCCGGCAGGACGCAGAGUCCGGAGCACGGCAGCCCAGGGCCCGCGCCCGAGGCGCCGCCGCCCCCGCCGCCCCCGCCGCCGGCCCCCGAGGCGGAGCGCGCGCGGCCCCGGCAGCCCCGGCCCGCCGCCCCCAUGGAGGGCCACAGCGUCGCGCACAACUCCAAGCGCCACUACCACGACGCCUUCGUCGCCAUGAGCCGCAUGCGGCAGCGCGGGCUGCUGUGCGACGUGGUGCUGCGCGUGGCGGCCACAGAGAUCCGCGCGCACAAGGUGGUGCUGGCCUCGUGCAGCCCCUACUUCCACGCCAUGUUCACGAACGAGAUGAGCGAGAGCCGCCAGACGCACGUGACGCUGCACGACAUCGACCCGCAGGCGCUGGACCAGCUGGUGCAGUUCGCCUACACGGCCGAGAUCGUGGUGGGCGAGGGCAACGUGCAGACGCUGCUGCCGGCCGCCAGCCUUCUGCAGCUCAACGGCGUGCGGGACGCCUGCUGCAAGUUCCUGCUGAGCCAGCUGGACCCCUCCAACUGCCUGGGCAUCCGGGGCUUCGCGGAUGCGCACGCCUGCGGCGAGCUGCUGCGCGCGGCCCACAGCUACGUGCUGCAGCACUUCGCCGACGUGGCCAAGACGGAGGAGUUCAUGCUGCUGCCCCUGAAACAGGUGCUGGAGCUGGUCUCCAGCGACAGCCUGAACGUGCCCUCGGAGGAGGACGUGUACCGCGCUGUGCUGAGCUGGGUGAAGCACGACGUGGACGCGAGGCGGCAGCACGUGCCCCGGCUGAUGAAGUGUGUGCGGCUGCCCCUGCUGAGCCGAGACUUCCUGCUGGGCCACGUGGACGCUGAGAGCCUGGUGAGGCACCACCCCGACUGCAAGGACCUGAUCAUCGAGGCCCUCAAGUUCCACCUGCUGCCCGAGCAGAGGGGUGUCCUGGGCACCAGCCGGACACGGCCCCGGCGCUGUGAGGGCGCUGGGCCUGUGCUCUUUGCUGUGGGAGGUGGAAGCCUGUUUGCCAUCCACGGGGACUGUGAGGCCUACGACACUCGCACUGACCGCUGGCACGUGGUAGCCUCCAUGUCCACGCGCCGGGCCCGGGUGGGAGUGGCUGCCGUUGGGAACCGGCUGUACGCCGUGGGCGGCUAUGACGGGACCUCAGACCUGGCCACUGUGGAGUCGUACGACCCCGUGACCAACACGUGGCAACCCGAAGUGUCCAUGGGCACGAGGCGGAGCUGCCUGGGCGUGGCCACCCUGCACGGGCUCCUGUAUGCAGCAGGUGGCUAUGACGGGGCCUCCUGCCUCAACAGGCUCCCACACCCAGCAGGAGCACCAAGGUCCAUUGGCUUCCUGCAGAUGGGAACCUGUAUGCCGUGGGCGGUUACGACAGCUCGUCACACCUGGCCACCGUGGAGAACAGGUGCUGUGCCCGCCCCAGGUGAACGCCUGGACCCCCGUGGCCUCCAUGCUGAGCAGGCGCAGCUCGGCGGGCGUGGCUGUGCUGGAGGGAGCCCUGUACGUGGCGGGGGGCAACGACGGCACCAGCUGCCUCAACUCGGUAGAGAGGUACAGCCCCAAGGCCGCAGCCUGGGAGAGCGUGGCGCCCAUGAGCAUCCGCAGGAGCACGCACGACCUGGUGGCCAUGGACGGCUGGCUGUACGCCGUAGGGGGCAACGACGGCAGCUCCAGCCUCAACUCCAUCGAGAAGUACAACCCCCGGGCCAACAAGUGGGUGGCCGCGUCCUGCAUGUUCACCCGGCGCAGCAGUGUGGGCGUGGCCGUGCUGGAGCUGCUCAACUUCCCGCCCCCGUCCUCACCCACGCUGUCUGUGUCCUCCACCAGCCUCUGAGCCCCGGCGCCCCGCACGGAGGCCUCCCACGUGCCUUACGCCCCCUCUCCCGGCCCCCCGCGCCGUCUGUCAGUGUCUCGGUGUUCAUCUCUGUGUGUGCCGUUUAUUUAUUGGUUAUUUAUUGGUUUAUUAUUUAUUUGCGGAUGAGCCGUUUGUUUACUUUUAAAGCGUCGCCGUCCUUUGGGUCUGGGGACCGAACCACCCUGGGUGACCUCCUGAGAGCCUAUGCUGGGGGGAGGGCCAACCCUGGCCUGCUCUGCACACCGCCUGCUCCUGGCCCUGGGGUGCCGUCCCCAUGUCCUGGGUCUCGUGCCAGGCUGGGCACACAGAUCCUACACAGCAAUACAGCCGAUGUGGACAAUAAACGUGUUUCUGGGGCUCCAUGGACUUGCGGCUGAGUGUCCAUCCCUGGCCCCCUCUGUCCCCAUGUCCUGCUCUGUGGGUGGGGUGCAGUGGGCUGUGAGGCCCCAGUGGCUGGCCGCCCACGCCCAGGCCUGGGUGCAGCUGCCUGCGCAGAGUGGGCCCCAGCUCACCCUUACAUCCUGGGCACCUUUGGGAUAUGGAUUGCAGCCUGGGGUUGGGGGCGGGGGGACAGGUCCUGGUUUCCCCUCCCCUCCCUGCUGCUAGCACACCCUAACCCUAUCUCCCCUCAGCAG